CGCCGCAACACGUCACCAGUGUGUUCGAGUCUUAGACAUUGCUUGAAUUUUUUUUAAAUGUACGCACAGAAAUGUCAAACGACUGAGGGAUAAAUGUGUUCCCAUAUGUGAAUAACAGAUCAAAUUAUACCGAUGUAUUUUGAAACGGAUGUUUAAUGCUCGCAGCGGAAGUAUGGACAUCACUGUAACCUAACUUUUACCGAUCUUCAAGUAUCACAGGAUACCAGAACGUUGAGCAAAAUGUUGAGUGGAGUCGAAAAUCCCCAUGCGGAGAUGGAUCCAACCCCUCCAUCACCCAGCUUCGAUGGCGCCAGCUCCACAUCGUCAACGCUGGAUUCUCCUUUAAUGAAAUUGUCCUCUUACGUCUUGGCCCUUAGGCCAUGGUCAUUAAGUGCUUCUUUGAUGCCAACUCUCCUUGGAUCGGCACUUGCCUAUCGAUUAAUAGGAUUAACGAGCUUUAAUUGGAUAUCACUUGUACUUACUUUAUUCACGAUCGUCUCGGUGCACGGGGCGGGUAACGUUGUAAACACAUACUUUGACUAUGUCAAAGGUGUGGACAGUCGAAAAAGCGACGACCGAAUAUUGGUCGAUCAUAUUUUAUCUAAAGAUGAGCUCGUAUCUUUGGGUGCAAUCUUAUAUGCCGCAGGGUGCCUAGGCUUUAUUUUACUUACUGCCAUUUCACCUGCUAAAAUGGAGCAUCUGGCUCUCGUUUAUUUCGGAGGUUUGUCAUCCUCGUUUUUGUAUACCGGUGGUAUCGGCCUGAAAUACAUAGCUCUAGGUGAUGUUUUGAUCUUAGUCAUAUUCGGCCCGAUAUCCGUUUUAUUUGCAUUUAUGGCACAGACUGGAUACGUUGAAUGGGGCACAAUGUAUUAUGCCAUACCUUUGGCCUUAAACACAGAGGCUAUUCUACAUAGUAACAAUACCAGGGAUUUGGAGAGUGACAGACGCGUCGGAAUAGUAACUUUAGCAAUUUUGAUUGGUCACACAGCGUCACACGUUCUGUAUGCCUUUUUACUGUUCUCGCCCUACAUAACGUUCGUUGUACUUGCAUUGAGGUACUCGGUGUGGUUUUUGUUACCGCUGGUCACAUUGCCCGCAGCAUUUCGAAUAGAAAAAGAAUUUAGAUCUCCAGAAACUAUCCAGGGCGUACCAAAGCAAACUGCUAGACUAAAUAUGUUUCUUGGAAUAUUGUACGUUGUAGCUUGUCUACUUAUCGACCCUCUUCCUUACCUUCGUUGAAUGUAACUCAAUUAUCAGCUAACAGGCACUUGCAAAUAUUGAUACAAUAUGUGAGGAAUGAUUGUAAAGCAAUGACAGCUUAGAUUGCCUCCCAAAAUGCAAUCGAGUUAUAAAGUGAAUUGAAAUGUGUAGAAACAAUGUCUCAAGUGAUCUUGUCAAGAUGCAUAUGAAUGAAAAAUCACUCAUGCAUAUUAUAUUCUAUUGUCAGUAUUUGAAAUGCGGUUGUACUAAAAUAAACUGAUCAUAAACUAA